AUGGCAAUACCGAAGACCGAAGAUUGCGUAAGUAUUCUUCAUUUUGCUUUCAAGCCGCCCAAGGACACCGCCGGAGACCAGGGACAACCAGAGGCUCCGAGGCCGGUUCCUGCCCCCAAGCUGAGCGCGCCGGCCGAGCCGGAGCCGCAAAGCACGCCAACCAAACCGGAACCGCAACCGCCGCCCUGCCCCGAGCCGAGGGCAGAGGCCGCGCUCGAGCAGCCGGCGUCGGCCGAGCCCGCCCCGAGCACUUCGAGGGCAGGGCGAAUGGCCUCGAGGGCGGUGCCAACAUGGCAGCAAUCGGGGACCCCGAGCACCUCUGUAGAGAGGGCUUGCAAGGGACCCAGCGCCCGGCCGUCGUCAAACCAGGUCGCAGAACCCCUCCCAGACGUGCUAGGAAGCGCCCGGGAGAUGAUCGAGCAGCUGGAGGCGGCCGUGGUGGGGGAGUGGGCACAGCUUGAGGCGGACCGCACCGCCCUCGUUGUGGAGAGGGAGCGUCUGGCGGAGGUCGGUCGCCUUUUGGAGGCCCGCAUCGUCGUGGCCCGCGCCGCCCAUGAGAUGGAGCAACGCACAAUGGACGCAGAGCGGGAGACCCUGGAUGAAGUGCGCGAGGAGGCCGUCGCUGCGCAAGAAGAAGCCACCCGCUUGGGUGAGAUAUCGCAGCGGUGGGCUGUAGAGCUGCUUGCCUGGGAGCGACUAGUGCGGGCUCGGGAGGAUGCCAUCCUGCCGCGCGAGAAGGCGCUGGAGGCCUCCCAGGCAGACUUAGCCCACCAGAAGGACGAGCUCGAACGGAGCCGCGAUGAAGUCCACCCUCUGGAUGCCCGGGAGGAGCAGCUGACUCGCCGGGAAGUGGAGGCUGCCACGGCAUCGGCGGCUUUAACUGCUCUGGAGGAACAGGCCGCCAAGUGGGAGUCAGAGCUGACUGCUCGGAAGCAGGCCCUCUCUGCCCUCGCCGAGUAG